AUGGGCAUGGUGACACUUUUUGGUCUCUGUUCCAGCAUGGGACUCUGGUCCAGAAUAUCUCCUUCACCUGCCAGCUCUGUCAUGAUACUGUUUCUAGUGAAACAGGCCAAAGGAUCUCUGCUGGAAAAAACCACUACUGAAUGGAAUAAAUACAAACAAGCAUGCUUGAAAAUGCUGCAGGAAUCAACUGUAGAUACUGGCAUACAUUGUAAUGGAACAUUUGAUCAGUUUGUUUGCUGGCCUUACUCUUCCCCAGGAAACGUCUCUGUUCCUUGUCCUUCAUAUUUGCCAUGGGUGGAAAAUGGAAGUGUAGGAAAUGUACACAGAGUCUGCUUGGAUGGAGGGACUUGGCAAACGAAGGAAAACUCCACAGACAUUUGGCGUGACAGUUCAGAAUGUUCUGAGAAAAAUCAUUUCAAAAAAAAAGAAGAAGAACAUAAAUUGCUUACUACACUACAGCUGUUGUACACUGUAGGAUAUUAUUUUUCACUCAUCUCACUUGUAUUAGCUCUCCUUAUACUUUCUUUACUCAGAAAACUUCACUGCACAAGAAACUACAUCCAUAUGAAUUUAUUUGCAUCUUUUAUCUUGCGUGCCACAGCAGUUCUUAUAAAAGACACUGUAUACCACCGUAUUUACUCCAAAAAACCUGAUGAUGAAACUGGAUGGAUAUUAUACCUUAGUCCUGAGAUUAUUAUCAUUUGCAGGACUGCCCAGUUUUUCAUGCAUUACUCUGUUGGGGCAAAUUAUUUCUGGCUAUUAGUAGAAGGAAUUUAUCUGCAUACAUUGUUGAUAACUGUUGUCCUCUCUGAAAGACGACUGCUACAGACAUACAUUGUGAUAGGAUGGGUUGUUCCUAUCCUGUUUGUGGGCCCUUGGGGAAUUAGCAGGUCAAAACUGGAGAACACAAGGUGCUGGGGAACAAAUGAACACAUGGGGAUCUGGUGGAUCAUCCGAGGACCAAUAUUGGCUUCCAUUGCAGUUAACUUUGGCAUCUUCUUAAAAAUUCUCAGGAUGUUGAUUUCCAAACUGAAAGCUCAGCAAAUGAGCUUUCAUGACUACAAAUACAGAUUGGCAAGAUCUACACUUGUGCUGAUUCCAUUGUUGGGGAUCCAUGAAUUUUUAUUUACUUUCAUCACCGAUGAACAGGUGGAAGGACUUUCAAGACAUAUCAGACUUUUCAUUCAGCUGACAAUGAGCUCAUUUCAUGGUUUUUUUGUAGCAGUUUUAUAUUGCUUCGCUAAUGGAGAGGUGAAAGCAGAGCUCCAGAAGCAGUGGUCCCGCUUCCUGCUGGCAAAUCCCUUUGGCUGUAAACUCUGCUUUCUUGGGGAAAACAUAAAAUACCUGAGGAAAUGUUCACAGAAACGAAAAAACCAGCACCUCAGCAGCAAACACCGCUUGUGCCUGGAGGCAAGCGAGCCCUGGGGCAUGCAGCUCCAGCAGGUGCUAGUGAAGCAGAGGAUAGACCUCAGCCCACAGCCAGGCCAUGCUCUCCCGUCUCUUCUGCGGGCAAGCAUGUCAGACAGCAGCGAAGGAGAAGUCACCACCGGAGAGACAACCGAGGAAGUCUUUGAAGAGAGUGAGAUUUAG